CUCUCAGUCAUCCUCUCCCGUCGUGGUGCUGAGGCUGCGACGUUGCUUAGAGAGAAAGAGAGAGAAAAAAUCUCUCCAUUUGCUACAGCCUGUGGACGCACCAUCUGAAUGGGAAAUAAGUGAAGAUCUCUCCGAGGUCCCGUUUCUUUGAGUCACACACACAGCAAGUCUUCAGAGAGACCAUGAAGAAAAGUUGCUUCCCUUAAAAUUUUGACACUUCAAGAAAUAAUGACCUAACAUGGAUCUACUGCUAAUUACCAUAAUGCUGAGAAAGCCAUUGUAAAUCCCUCACUCCUUUUUCGGCACCCAACCCAGCCCAUUUCUUUUGGAGGUUUUUUGUUUCUUUACCCAUUUCCUUUUCCUGCAAGCAAAUCCUCCAUUUUUGCCCUCACUGUAGCCUUUGCAUUGAGUCUUGUCUUUUAUAGCCAUCAUGCAGUGUCCUUCUAUCGUCUCUGUUCUUCCUCUUCUGCUUUCUUCUCUUUUGUUUUUUUCCUGUUUUCCGGACAUGGCCAGUGGGGACUGCUGGCUCAUUGAAGGAGACAAAGGCUAUGUUUGGCUAGCUAUAUGCAGUCAGAACCAGCCUCCUUAUGAGACUAUCCCCAACCAUAUCAACAACACAGUCCAUGAUUUGAGACUAAACGAAAACAAGCUAAAAGCUGUGCUUUUCAGCUCCAUGUAUCGCUUCACAAACUUGACAGACCUUAACUUAACCAAGAAUGAAAUCAGCUAUAUUGAGGAUGGUGCAUUUGCUGGACAAGCCAAUUUACAGGUUCUUCAACUAGGUUACAACAAGUUGACCAAUAUCACUGAGGGCAUGAUGAGAGGGCUUGGACGCAUGCAGUGCCUAUUCCUACAGCACAACCUCAUUGAAGUUGUUGCAAGCAAUGCAUUCUGGGAAUGUCCUAGUCUCAGCAGCAUUGACCUAUCGUCCAACAAACUUGCCCGCCUUGACCCAUCCACAUUCACUGAUCUUAAUCGCCUGAUGGUAUGUGAAUUGGGUGCUAAUCCAUUCCAUUGUGGUUGUGAUCUUCUUGGCUUUUUGUUCUGGUUAGAGUCUUUCAACAAUGUGUCACACACGUAUGACCGCCUCCAAUGUGAAACACCAAGGGAAAUGUUUGGCUUUCCUUUACUAAGUCCUUUUGCUUCGAGUCACGCAGGCCGCAAUGCCAAAAACAUUUUGUACCAUCGCUGCAGAGAUGGUGUUAUGAUUCCAGGAAUGACCUCUCUACCACCAGAUCUUGAUGGUCCCUCUGGAAUUGGACCAGAAAUGUUUGGCGUUGGGCCAUACUACCAGCCCACCACAUCUUCUUCAUCUACAGAUGACAGCUUGAGCCCAAGUAUUAAGCUCCAUCAUGUUUCUUCAUCAUCAGCCUCUGUCAUUAUAAAAAUCCCAAGACCAUACAGCAAAAUGUUUAUUCUUACACAAUACAACAACACUUUGGUCUCUGAUGUCACCAAUUUGAAAUUAGCUAUACAAAAGAUUACUCUUGACAAGCUUAGGCCUAACAAUAACUACACCUUCUGUGUAGGUUAUAUCCGUAACUCACAACGUUAUAACAACACCUGUCUACAGUUUACCACUCGAGGACAAAGCCGGGACGAUAUGCUCCCCACUCCCUCAACCACUACUCACUACAUAGUGACCAUUGUUGGCUGCCUUUUUGGUAUGCUUAUUGUUAUAGGAAUUGUUUACUACUGUCUUCGAAAAAAACGGAUGCACGAUGAAAAGAAAAAGUCAAUAUCUGUCAAAAAAACCAUACUUGAAAUGCGUUAUGGGCCAGAGGUGGCUGCAGCAGUAGCAAAUGAUCCAUCUGCAGUCCAAAAGCUUCAAGAACAGUCAAGGGAGCAUCACCAAUAUCAGCAUCAUCAUGGUGGAAAACUGUCUACUUCCUCAAGCUCUGGAUUGCUACACUCUGCAAAUACUACCUCCUCAAGGCUUUCCUCUAUCCCUCAAGUAGAAAAGAUGGCCUCUGCUUUCUCUGAAGCCAUGGGUACAAGUAAAGGAAACUAUAUGGAUGUGAGAACUGGAGGAGCAGGGAUGGAGAGAGUGGGGGAUGGUGGUCAUGGCAGUAGAAGGGGAGAUGACCUGAGGGAUGAUGAUGAAACUGAUCUUGGUAAUGAUUCCGAUGAUGAUGGACAUGGUUCUGCAUCAGAGAUCUCCACUAUUGCAAUGGAGGUGGACAAAGUUAACCAAAUUAUUAACAACUGUAUAGAUGCCCUAAAACUUGAUGCAGCAGCAGUUGCUGCUUCAAGCACCUCAACUAAUCACACAGCUUCAUCAAAUCCAACCUCCCCACCGCCAACCAGUGCAUCCUCCCUUACUCGUGGCAUUAUCCCAGGGGGUACAGAGACAUGUCAAGUCAUUGCUCCAAACAAAAUACCACCUCCUCCUCCCCUGCCUGCAUUAAAUACGCCUCUCUCCGAGCGACCAGGGAUAAGUGGUGGGGGCUUUGUUGUUACUCCCCCAUACAGGCACCCACCCCCAGCCACAGCUGCACGUCCAAUUCAGCGCCAAAUGAGCGCAGAUGCUGCUGUUGUUAUGGCAAAUGCCGUCAAGAAACAGAGCAGUACUGCAUCUUGUGGCUCAACAGGUCGAGACAGAGAAAGAGGAGGAGCUCGAGUAUAUAGCUUGGAUGUUCCUGAACCAAGAAGCCCAGAUGCCUGUAACCAAAAACAGCCACAGUACCCAGACCGAGCUAGUCCUGUGGGAUGUGGAGAACCGCUGGAGAGGCUGCCUUUAGUGGGGAGUGGGAGCUGUGGAGGAGGGGGUGGUGGUGGUUGCGACAGUGGUGGUGUUGGUGCCCAACAUCAAGACAGCCAAAAGUCCCAUCAUUAUCAUCAGCAACAACAGAUACAACAGCAGCAGCAACAGCAACUGGAGGUGCAGCAGGACUACCACUGCUCGGAGCACCGCCACUCUGUCCCAGCUCUCUACUACCAAGGGUCCCACCAUGGCUCCCCAGCCCAGCGUGUUUCUUUUCUAAAGCCCCUGACAAGAUCCCGCAGGGACGCAGCAUCCUAUUCCCAGCUUUCGCCUGCCCGCCAACACUCCGGUUACUCUGGAUACUCUUCUAGCCCAGAGUACUCAUCAGAAAGUUCACUACGUAUCUGGGAGCGGUUUCGCCCAUACCGAAAAGGGCCUCGUGAUGAGGCCUGUUAUGUAACAGCUGGAAAUGCUCUUCGAAAGAAGGUGCAGUUUGCUAAAGGUGAGGACCUGCAUGACAUCCUUGAUUAUUGGAAGGGUGUCUCUGCUCAGCAGAAGUUGUAAAUGGUGACAAAAAUUCUGAGGCUAAAAUGGAGUUUUGGUACUUUUUAUCCUGAUAAGCCCAUGGGCUGGAGAAACCAUUUAAAGUUUAUUGAGGGGAAAAAUGUUGGACAAAGUUUCUCUGCGGGCGUUUUUCCCCCUUUUUGGCAUGCUAGGUGUAUAGGAUAUCAUGCUACAAGCAAGUACUGUGAAACUGUGCCUGGGAAUCGGACAUUCAUUACAGUGUGUUUUUAUUACUUCAUUGUAGCAUUUUAUUUGUAAUUUGCGUGCUUCAUUUACUAUACAGGGAACAAAUACCAAUCGUGUAAUUUAGUAUUCUUUAACUGAUCAUGUUUGUGAUCCUAUGGACCAUUGUACUUAUCAGUGCCAUGUUUCAUCUCAAGCUUUAAGCUUGUUUGAUCCUAGAUGUUUCUUGUUGUGUAUUGGAUUUAACAUCCAUUUCAGCUUCUACAAAAUAUGUCAUUUGGAUAGUGUGGGAUCAGGGCCCUGGUUAAAAACUGGCAAAAGUAGUUGAGAGACAAUCUGCAUUGUGCAGUAUUGUACCCUUUUUUCAUUUGAAAAAAGGGAUUAUUUAACCACAAAUGCUCAUAUGAAAUAAAAGCCAUUGGUUCAACUUAGUUACUAGGUUUUGUAAUUUUGCAGAGGGAAAAUCAAAGUAAUGGUUUGUUUUAAUCAUUCAAUGUAUCACUAUUACAGCACUUUUUAGAGCAUAUGUGUCUAACUUAAGGCCCACAGAUUGAAUCCAUCCCUCCACAGCAAUUUACCUGGCAGUAAAUACAAGAAUAUCAUGUUAUAAAUCUGAGGUCUUGUAAAGUGUGAAAAGUGGUUAAAGCUGUUCAAUAAAUAUUAAUACUUUAAUAAUAAAAGAGCAGUGAGCUCUUUUUAAAUUAAGUUAUAAAAUCAAAAGUUGUAUUAGCUACCACAGGCCCUUUUAGAGACUUGCACAUGCUGAAGUGGCCCUAUACACAAAUGUGCUUAAAGCCUUGGUUUAAAAUUUUACUUUAUCAAAAAUAGAUUGUACACAAAACUAAUUGUUGUCAAACUUUUAUAAAUAUUUAUCAGGUGAUAGAUUAUUCAAUUAUUAUUAGAGGUCUGACUAUACAUCAAGCCCAUAACGGGAUCCUGGAUGAGUGGCUCUUUUGAACAAGAUUGGAGAUAAUUUUACAAAUAUUCUUUUACUAUAAUUAAAAUAUCCUUACAAAUUAAUCAAAGGAUUGAAAAUCACACAAUGUGUUUUAAAGAAAAUCUCAUAUCUGCAGAGUUACAGUACAAGUUUGAGCUGUCCAUGUUAUAGUUUUUAUGUUUUUCUCAGUCUAAGAUGGGACCUAAGUCAAAUAUGAAUUGAAAAGGCUUUGGCUUUUGAUUCACUAAUAUAGUAAAAGUCACAUUAAUUUCUUUACUUCGCUUUUAUGUUUAAGCUGUCUAAAUGUUUUAGAAUUUGAAAUAAUAUCAUUAAAUUCAGCCCGGAGUCACUAAAAAAAGGUUAAAUUGCCUUUUAGUUUCACACUGAUUGGAUAUUUUAAAACAGAUAGCAACUACAUCAUCCUUAGUAGCUCUGACUAACUUUCUACCAUGUAAUUAAUAUGCUGCUGGAUAAAUGAUUCAGUACUAAUGGAGGCUUAUCCAGUGUUUAUGUGAAUUUUUUAGCCUGCAAUGAUGACAAAAAUCCUGUAAGUAGGCUCUGUCAUUACAACACGACUACUCAAGCGCCAAUUCCCAUCUUACUUUAUGUCUUAAACAUAGACAACAGUUAUAACAAGCUUAUAAGUAGUUGUAUGCAGGGCUUAUAAUAGCUUAGGCUUACUUCACCAGAAUUUGUCCGAACCUGGAAGCAGCUUGAUUAAGUUGUGGGAGACGGUCUUUGAUGCAUUUUUAUGUCCUGAGAUAUCAGGGCACAGGCUUCUUUUUUUAUACCAUUAGGUGAUACCUGCCUAAGGAUUUUUUUACUAUAAAAAUGUGUUUUAAAUUCAUUUAUAGAUAUAUCUACUUAUCUAUUCUAAGAAAGCUGCUGUGUUCUAUGGUGCACUGACUAAAAAGAAGAAAAAAAAGUGAGAAUGUAAGAAUAAAAACAAUCGAAAGAUUAUGGACGAUAUUUAUAAGUACAUAAUUGAUUUAAAUAA